CAACGUGUGUGCGUUAUCAGUUUCCAUUUAUUGCCUUAAAAGCGCUUAAACCUGGGGUAAAUUCUGAAGCUGGAAUGCGAAAAAGGAAGCGAUAAGUAUCAAAGAAGACAUUUCUCUAAAGAUUGGAAAUUGUGGUUGAAUACCGCAAAAUGCUAAACUGUGUUUAUAAUCGUCUCAAGGAAAUUAAAGUAUUGGCCUGAUGUUGGGCAUUUGAUCUGAGGAGGUUGUAUCGAAAAAAUAUCUUCUUUACGGGAUUGUCAUUUGUUUGAAAUGGAGGAAAGUUGCAUCGAACGACAGGAAGAAGAAAUGCAAGCUCUUCAAGCUAUUUACAUGGACGACUUCCAAGAUUUGAGAGAAAAGCCUGAUGAACCUCCAAAGGUUUGUUUGAAGUUGACUCCACUGCAAAGUGUUGUGGCCAAGGAGGUGUAUGCCAGAGUUGAUUUGAUCAUUCAGUACAGAGCAGACUAUCCUAAUCGGAGUCCAAAGCUCUCUCUGUGUAAUGCUGAAGGUAUUUCAGAGGAAGAUUGCAGUACGCUUCAAAAUGAGCUUCGUAAGAUGGCUGCUGAUCUUGUUGGUGAGGUGAUGGUUCUGCAAUUAGCACAUCAUGUUCAAACGUGUCUCCACCAACACAACAAACCGCAGUUAUCAUUUUAUGACAAAAUGAUGGCUGAUAAGCGUAAAGAAGAGGAGAGAAUCCAAGCUGCAGAGCGCCAAAGAUUGCAAAUGGAAAUUGAAGCUAAGAAAGAACGAGAAGAAAAUGAGGAACGAGAGAUAGAAGAAGAGCUACAAAGGAGAGAUGAAGCUAUGAAAGAGAGCAAACGACGGAGAACUGUUGUUAUUCCAGAAAAGAACACUAAGACAGAUCCGGCAGCCCAGAGUGCAAAGACGAAAGAUCCUGACACCAGCCCAACAAAGGAAGUGCCAGUUCAGAGAAAGCAAUCUGGAAAUUCCGUGGCACCCUUGCAAGCUGCCCCCUCGCCCAAAAAGGCAGAGGGAAUGCCUUCUGGAUACAAUGUCAUGAGACGAAGGCGGAGCUCUGAAAGACUGGGUGAUGAAUCCUUCACAGGAACACGAGUGAUCCGCUUCACUAGCAGAGGAGGGCACAUAGUGCAUUGUGGAAAAUGCCUUGGGCAGGGAUCUUCUGGUUCAAAAGUUUAUAGUGGCAUGGACAUCACCAUGGGUGAUCUGGUUGUGAUGUGUGAGUGGAUCUUGUCGUCACUUCAUGCAGGACCUCAGAUGCGACGCACACCGAGUAUCACUGAAAACCAGCAACAAGAUCCACAAACAAGACUCAUGAAACAGGUAUUCAGUAUCGAACAAGAGGCUUUGUCCCUCAUCAACCGCGUCAGUCAUCCAAACCUUACUCAUUAUUUAGCCGUUGAUGUCCAGGAAGAAUCUCCUACAGUCAAAGUCCAGGUUUUGUCAGAAUAUGUUGGUGGCGGCGAUCUCAGUUUGUACCUCAGGAAAGGAGGGCUGCCUGUGGCACAGUUACGAGAAUAUACUCAGCAACUUUUGGAAGCCCUGUGCUAUCUUCACAGCAGGGCUGUGGUCCAUAAGGACUUGAGGUUAUCUAGUUGCCGUCUUGACUCGGACGGAAAUAUACGACUGGCUGACUACAGUGUUGGGAAAAGGCUGUCGGAUCUGUACCAAGUGUAUGGUGGGAAUGUGAAAGAUUCACAGAGUAACGCUGCAGAGGAAAACAACAAAAUAACCUCUCGUUAUGGAAAGAAAGGAGAUGUCUACAGUCUGGGCCUGCUCGUUUUCUCUUUGGCUGUCGGAGAUGUAAUCAUUGGAGACGUGAAAGAAAUACCUGCCUCGUUGCCGCCGGAACUACGAGACUUCCUUUCCAA